AUGUCAAAACCCACCCUAAUCUUUGCCCCCGGCGCCUGGUACCCCCCAACAGCCUUCGACCCCCUCAUCGCCAAACUCCCCGACUACACCUGCCACAUAAUCGCCUUCCCCGCCGUCCAGCAAGCAACGACCGUCACCGAUCUUCAACUGGACAUCAGCGCUGUCCGCACUCUCGUCGAGCAAGAAGCAGAUGCGGGGCGGGAUGUUGUAAUAGUCUUGCACAGCUGGGCUGGGUUACCAGUAAGCAGCGCGUUGGGUGGAUUGAGCAAGCAAGCACGGACGAAGGCAGGGAAAGAGGGAGGUGUUGUUAAGCUGGUGUUUAUCGCGGCGUUUGUACCGGAAGUCGGGGAGAGUUUGCUGGAUGCGUUUGGGGGACAGGCGGAGUGGAUGAUACGCGAUAUCGAAAACGGCACCGUAACCGCCAGCGACCCAUUCAACCGCUUCUUCCACGACGUCCCCGACGGUCAUGAAUGGACCAAAACUCUCCGCCCACAUGCCUGGGCUGCCAAAACCUCGCCUGCCACUGGCGCCGCCUACCUGGAGAUUCCCAACUCAUACCUGCUGUGUGAAGAUGAUCGUGCGAUCCUGCUGGCUGCGCAGGAGGCUAUGGUUGAGAGGGCGAGGUCGAAGGGGGCGGUGUUUGAAACGGAGAGGAUUAAGGCGGCUCAUACGCCUUGGUUGGUACCAGAGGUGAUGGGAGAGGUUGUGGGGUAUAUUAGAAGGCAGGCUGGGGAGGUGUUGUAG